CGGACCGACCCUUCAUAAAGCAAAAGUCGGCUCACCGAACGUCGGAGCCGUACGACAAUGGCGAUUUCGACUCUCCAGAAGCUCUCCGCCGCCGCCCGCCGCCUCCGGCCGUCGCUCUCCUCCCUCAGGCCCAUCAUCCUCGCCAGGUCCUCCGCCACCUUGUCCCACCCUCCCUCCCCCUCCUCCUCCACCUCCGCCAAAGUCUCCGAUCGCAUCGUCAAGCUCUCCGCGAUCGACGUCGACGGCUACAAGCGCGAGGUCGUCGGCCUCGCUGGCCAGACCCUCUUGAAGGCCCUGACUAACAGCGGCCUCAUCGACCCGGCGUCGCACCGGCUGGAGGAGAUCGACGCCUGCUCCGCGGAGUGCGAGGUCAACAUCGCGCAGGAGUGGCUCGAGCGGCUCCCCGCGAGGAGCUACGACGAGGAGUACGUGCUGAAGAGGAACUCCAGAGCUAGGGUUCUGAACAAGCACUCGAGGUUGGGGUGCCAGGUGGUGCUCACGAAGGAUCUCCAAGGUAUGGUCGUCGCCGUUCCCGAGCCCAAGCCCUGGGAUAUCCCGUAAGUUAGGGUUUUUCGACAGGGGUUACCUUGUGAUUUGGUGGUGGUUGGUGUUUUGGGUGAAUAAUGAGGACAAUGUUCUGGAAGAAACGGUCUGUUUCGUAUUUUUCUUGUCAAUUUGGGAUUCGCCGACAUCGGAAUUGAAUUUCGCUAUUCAGACAUACAUGCUGAUGUUUCAGUACGAGGAUAAAAGGAUUUUCCCUCUCUGGUUUGAUUACA